AUGAGGGAGUUUAAGGUUGAUGAUUCAAACAAAUCGGUAUGGAGGCUGAUUUGUAAGCGAUAUACUCAAGGCUAUCGGUGGUUGCUUCGGGGAAUUGCUAAGCCGGAUGGUCUGUGGGAAAUCACAAAAUUUCACCCGAAGCACACUUGUGAUAUGGGACAAAGUCGAGCAGAUCAUUUUAAUCUAGAUAUAAACAUGAUUGCUCAUGUGUUACUUAAACACAUUGAGGAAACUCCAAGGAUGCCUAUCAAAACUUGUAUUAGCAUGGUGCACUCAAAAAAUGGUAAAAUCAUAAGCAAGAGAAAGGGAUUUCUCCGGCGUAGACGUGCUUUUGAAAUGAUCUUUGAAACUUGGGAAUCCUCUUUUCAGGGCGUUGCGCCGGGUAUAUGGCGACUCUACAACAUGCUAAUCCUCGGCAAUCGCGUUGUACGAUUAGCGGCUUUUAGAGGGCAGAAAUUUUCGACUUCGUCUUUUGGGCAUUCAAACCAAGUAUUGAUGGUUUUGCUCUCGGCAUUUAAUGUGAUAUGGAUAGAUGGGACCUAUGUAUAUGGCCGAUAUGACAUUAAGCUCCUAAUUGCAGUAGGUAUGGAUGCCAAUGGGUCAAUAAUCCCUCUUGCUUUCUCAAUUGCCGCCAACGAGUGCAGCGAGACAUGGGGGAUGUUCUUGACUCAUCUACAAACUCAUGUUAUUAAGGGUCGUCAGGGCAUAUGUGUCCUAUCGGAUCGUCAUAAAGACAUAUUGCACAAUAUGCGUACUAUGAAAGGGUGGCAGCCUCUACAUGCUUACCAUCGAUAUUGCUUAAGGAACUUAAAGGCUAAUUUGCAAACAAAGUUUGGAAAUGGCACUGUAAACAAAUUGAUGUGGGGGCUGCGAUGCAGAUCAACAAAGAAAAUGGGUCAAAAAUGGAGCGCAAAGGAAGUGAGUGAAGAGGCAUAUGUUUGGUUGAUGAAAUUAGAAGUUGAAAAAUGGACGCUUUAUGCGUGGAGGAAGGAGAGAUGGGGCAUGCUCACACACGAACGACUCGAGUCUUUCAAUGGACUCCUCAAAUCUACUCGAGGACUACCGUCACCGCAAUGGUGA